GGUAUUUACAGCUUUAUGUUUCCGUUUUAAAUGAUAAUAUCAUAACUGAUAGAACGUCUGGCUAUUUGUUUCCUAUUACACUCUACCUGAUUCAUUUAUACAGCUUAACAGUUAAACAUCGAACGUGUUGCGUACAUUAUUAUUCUCUCAGUGCAAAUAAUAAGUGGAAGUUUAUUUUAUAAACAUUACUUUUUCAUAAUAAGAUAGUCUAUAGAAGGAAGAUAAACGGGAUCUUUCGAUACGGAUAGAGUAUGAGUCUUUCAUUAUUAUCGAUAGAAUAUAUACAGGGUAUUUUACAAGUUUUUUUUUCUUUUUAUUUACUUGAUAAAACGACUUUUUCGGAUAUUCUUUAUGUAAUGUUUAAAAACAAAAAAAAAAACAAAAACAGGUCAAUUCAUUAAAACUUUUGACAGAAAAUUGAGAAAGGACAUUGUUUAAUUCUUUGACUGCAACACAUUCAAACUCGGAUCCAUCAAUGUACAGGACACCUAAUCCAAAAAAUUGAUUUUUUGUGUGUGUGUGUAUAUUCUUAUAAUUUGAGGUCUUAAGGAGGAGUCCUGAAAAUUUUAUACAAUGUAAAAUUCAUGAAAAUUAACUAGAUACAUUAUUAUAUUGAUUAUGCGUAUUAUAUUGAUAAAUAAAAGAGAACAUAAAUAUACGUCUUUAGCAGUCAAAGGGUUAAUUAAAUUACGCACUUUAAUAAAGGAACGAAUAUAGAUCGUUAUUAUAUAUUCGUGCGCUUAUCUAAAUGCUGAUCAACAAAGCUCAGUAGUAAUCUCGAUCGAUCCGUUCGCGAACGUUUUCUUUUCUUACCUGUCACACUUGUUCGUGCAUUCUUUUCUAACAAUAAUAAGAAGAAAAGUUUUUCCUUUUUUUGAUAAUUAAACAAAUUGGUCAAAGGAGAUCGAUCAUACGAAGUACAAAACAUGGAGAAAGCUCGAUUGGAUAAUGAAAAAGUGGAGAUAUCUUUAGAUAAUAAAGAAAUAUUCGAUAAAGCCAAUGACGUUGAAAAAAUUGAUGGAGUUAAGGAGAUUGUUGUCUCGGUUGAUACGACGGACAAAAAAUCGCAAGCUUAUUCCGCACGAGCUGCCAAUUCUUUUGCAGCGAAGAAAACUGUAGCCCAAGGAAUGAUGGAUGUUGCGUUGAUUACUGCUAAUGCUAAUCAGUUGAGGUACCUUAUUGAAUAUCAACGAAACAGUCCUACUUUCUACGUCAUUUUGAUUCUCAUUGUCAUCAGUCUUUUGUUACAGAUCGCCGUUGGUGUAAGUUUAAUAUUUAAAGGCAGAUUCGAUAUCAAAGGACAAUCAAAAUCUAUUAAUGCACGAAAAAUAAAUAAUUAUGUUGUCGUUGGGGUUUUUCUUAUAACUAUUAUUAACGUUUUUAUUGCUUCGUUUAGUAUAACUACACCUAAUGGUACAGGACCUGUAUCUAUGCCUACGUAGAGAUAUUAUUCAUAGAAAAUAUAUCAUGUUUAUUUUCAAUAUUACACGGAACAAGAUUUUCCUAGUAAUCAUUUUAUUAUUAAUUCAUAAUUAAUACCCUGUUUGUAAUACAAUACUUUUCAAAGGUAAUAUAUAUAUAUAUGAAA